AAUUGGCAUUCAGAAAUUUAUCUCCCAAGAACAAGUUGAUCGCAAUGGCGAGAUUUAUUGGAGAUACUACUCUCCAGAAGUAAAGAAAGAGGUAGAAAAGUCAGAAGUAAGUAAGGAAGCAUCAACACCAACUAAAUCUGAACCUGACCCGAUCACUAAAUUUAACCAACGCCAAACUCAAGCCCAAGAUUAUGCCAAAUCAAAUAUCUCCGAGCCAACAGUUAACGAGCAAUCUAACUAG